CAGUACAGUGCGGUUCUUAACAAAUUAUGUGAUCGAGGUCAGGGUCAAUCCCGGGGUCAAUCGCCCAUUUUGCACCUGUCUAGAUGCUAUACUUGGAGUUCUUCAUGGGAAAUGAGAGAUCCAGCAAUUGCUAAGAAUUACGCAAAGGGUUCAUUCAAAUAAAAAAGAAGAAUUACUCAAAUUGUCAAAGGAUAUUUUUGACUACAGUCCAGUGCAGUGCAACUGGAACUUGUAUAGAGCCAGGAUCAGAUACAGAGAGGAACCCGGAAACCCUUGCCUAUGCUACGCCUGGCCAGGUGGGUAGGGCACCUCGUGCACCGAGGCGCAGACAAAAUGAUGAGCAGUGACAGUGUUUUGGCUGACAUGUCGUCAAGGUACAAGGCCGCCAUGGUUCUCAGUGGUGUCGGCGAUGCUAUGGGGUACCGGUCAGGCGAUUGGGAGUUCAACUUUGUGGGCGCAGACAUUCAUAAGGAGCUAAAGAUAUUGGGAGGCAUAGGCAAGCUUCAUAUAAAAUUACCUGGAUGGCCUGUAAGUGAUGACACAGUGUUACAUUUAGCUACUGCAAGAGCUCUUCUUAGUGGAAAGCCCAUCGGUGACAAGCUGUACAUUGAGUUUGCAGCCGAGUACAGGAAAGGGGCUCUCGAUAUGAAAGGAAGAGCGCCAGGUAACACAACUAGCUUUUCUAUCAGUCGACACAACUUAGCCAAGCCAGAUGGUUACCUAAGUCCAUAUAACAAGAGAGGAGGAGGGUGUGGAGCAGCCAUGAGGGCCAUGUGCAUCGGUCUGCGUUACCCCAGGCCGGACCAGCUUCUAAACCUCAUCGCGGUCAGCGUGGAAUCAGGGCGCAUGACACACAACUGUCCGACCGGCUACCUCGGAUCCUUUGCCGCCGCCCUCUUCACGUCCUACGCCAUCCAAGGUGUCCCGGUCGUUUCCUGGGGUUGCAGACUUGUUGCAGAACUGCCCAAGGUUCUGGACUAUGUCCGAUCCGUUGGCCGCGACGUGAAGGAGAACGAAGAGCAGUGGCCGUACUUCACGGACAAGUGGACAGCCUACUUGCAGGAGAGGGGGAUCGAUGGAGAAGAUGCGACGGAAGCACGAUUCCCAGCAACCUACGGUGUCGUGGAGAGGGAUGCCUUCUAUAAGAGUGUCAGCUUUAGGGGAUGGGGAGGAUCCAGCGGCCACGAUGCGCCCAUGAUUGGCUACGAUGCCCUGCUCGGCUGUAAGAAUAGUUGGGAGGAGCUUUGCCUAGCAGGUAUGCUCCACGGGGGUGACAAUGACUCCACUGGGGUGAUGGCAGGAUGCUGGUGGGGCGCCCUCUAUGGCAUGGACCAGGUGCCCAAAUGCAACUACAAGGACCUUGAAUACAGGACUCAACUGGAGGAACUUGGGGCAAAACUUUACCACAUCGCUGAAGAGGAAAGGAAAGAGUUUGAAAGCCAAGAGGCUGAAGAUGCCAGUCAAGCCACAACUUUGGAUUGAAAAUGUGAGUCUCCAUCGCGACGGUUCUCGACACUUUACUGCCCAUGGAUCAAAAUUCCCAGACCUCCACAUUAAGCUUUAACAAAAAAGAUGUUGUAUUGCCCUUUGGGACCGACCCACAAAUCUUGAAAUCUACGGUCGGCUUUUAAAUAAAGUUUUCU